AUGGAUUGUCUGAAACAAUUCUCAAUCACUUUUGUGUUGGUUGUUGCGUGCAUUUCCCGAGUAAAAUCGCAAGGACGUGUUGUAAACGGCGCGCAAACCCAUAUCUCCAAUUUACCAUAUUUGGUGCAACUGAGGAUUCUGGACGGCGAUCGCCUGUUCUGUGGCGGUGCCUUGAUAACCUAUUCCCAUGUGGUCUCCGCAGCUCACUGUGUUCGAGAAGAAAUCGCAGAUCAAAUGGUGGCAGUUGCAGAGGCUACAAGUAUCUAUGAAGAAGGUGUUAAACGUCGUAUAAUAUCCUAUUUAAUACAUCCUGAAUAUAGAAAUGUAACAGCUUCAGCGUACGAUAUUGGCGUCUAUAAACUAGAAUCGCCCAUGAUGGGUGAAAUGAUACGACCAGUUGCAUUGUGCUCGCGAAAAAUGAGAACUGGUGAUCGUGUUCAAGUUUCGGGUUGGGGAAGAUAUUAUGAAAAAUCGAAACCUAGUACUUAUGUUCGCACGAUUAAUGUACCAGUGGUGGAUAGAGAGGUGUGCAAGAGAAAUUAUCUGCAGUUGUAUGGAAGCAAUCGCAUUACGGAGAGUAUGUUUUGUGCUGCAGAAUUGGGUGUAAAAGAUGCCUGUCAAGGUGAUUCGGGUGGACCGGCUGUUUUCCGGCGUGAAUUAUGUGGUAUUGUGUCCUGGGUUCAAGGUGGAUAUGGUGACGAAAUUUUGAAAUUAUCAGAAAUCAAAAGGCCAACAAUAAAACAUGAUAAUCCCGUAUAUAUUCCAUACUACAAUGCUCCAUAUAUGAUGCAGCUGAGAAAUGCCGAUGGAGAAGUUAUCUGCGAUGGUACAUUGAUACGAUCACAAUUUGUGCUAACCGCUUCCCAUUGUUUUGAUCAAUAUCGAGAUUCAGAUAUCAUAGUUGUGGGUGGAGCCACAAUGAAAUCGGAUAAAGGUAUCAUACGUAAAAUAUUGCAUGUCUACAAACACCCUCUGUAUAAUGCCACAAAUUGGCAUAAUGAUGUUGCUAUAAUCAAAUUGGAGAGCAAUAUGGAUGGAGGUCGUAUUAAACCCUAUGAGGAGUUGUGUGAUCAUCCUUCGGAAACAAACGAUUUUAUUUCUAUUACUGGUUGGUUGCGUCCAAAUGUAACUGGUGCGUGGGUAAGAGACGAAUUGCGCAGUAAUCGUUUUCCAAUUGUAACACAUAUGGAUUGCAUUCGUGAUGCUGGGAGUGUUAAUAUGGAAAUAACCGCCAGCAUGUUUUGUGGUAAUAUUCUGAAUCAUGAUGGAUGUUUGCAUAAUUCUGGAGGUCCGGCGAUUUCCUAUGGUCAAAUUUGUGGUAUUACUUUGGGCGGUGAAAAUUGUAACUAUCCAAAAUUCCCGGGAGCUUAUACCAGUGUCUUUGCAGUUCAUGAUUUUAUUUUAGAUGCUAUUGGGGAAUCAGAGUACCAAUAA